AUGGAUAAUUUAUCAAAGUCGUUGACAUAUGGUAAUCUGGAUGGUGGCGUUGACUUGACACUCAGGUUAGGAGCGUCGCCAUAUUACAACAGUAUGAUAAAUAACCAAAAUGUCAAAGGAAAAAGUUCGACGAACCCAAAUGACAAAUUGAGAGCAACACCAAGAAUUGAAGAUAUUGAAGAUGGAAGUUCUUCCAACACUGUUGUGGCUUCCGAGAUUCUAAUUCAUCUCCAUCAGAAUGUUAGAGUUAAUAAUCCUCCAAAUGAUCAAGUCGCUGCCACCACAUUAUUGGGAAUUAGUAACCAUGUGAGAUUAAAUCUCAAAGCUUGCCAUGAAUGUGGGAAUGAAGAAACUCCACUAUGGAGAAAAGGACCAAAUGGACGCCAAACACUUUGCAAUGCUUGCGGACUUCGUUAUGCUAGGGCCAUGAAAAUGAGAAAAUCAACUUAG